AUGGAAGACCCCGUCAACUUGAAUGAGGACGACGUGUAUCUCAAAUACAAAAAGCUCCAACGGGAGUUGGAUCUUUUACAGCUCCAGGAAGAGUACAUCAAGGACGAACAGCGACACCUCAAGCGUGAGCUUGUGCGGGCGCAAGAGGAGGUGAAGCGCAUCAAGCUGGUGCCGUUGGUCAUUGGGCAAUUCCUUGAGCCCAUCGACGACAAGACAGGGAUCGUUUCUAGUACCACAGGGUCGAACUACGUGGUGAGAAUCCUCUCAACUUUGGACAGAGAGUUGCUCAAGCCAUCGUCGCUGGUGGCCUUGCAUCGCCACUCUAACGCGCUUGUCGACAUUCUUCCUCCUGAAGCCGACUCGCUGAUCUCUAUCGUUGGCGAUAACGAAAAGCCGGAUGUUACCUACGCUGAUGUGGGGGGUUUAGACCUGCAAAAGCAAGAGAUCAGAGAAGCAGUGGAGUUACCGUUGACUCAAGGUGAUUUAUAUAGCCAGAUUGGUAUCGACCCACCUCGUGGUGUUCUUCUUUAUGGGCCUCCGGGUACCGGUAAGACGAUGUUGGUGAAGGCAGUGGCGAACGGCACCACCGCUUCGUUUAUCCGGAUAAACGGGCUGGAGUUCGUGCAAAAGUAUCUCGGUGAAGGUCCCCGGAUGGUGAGAGACGUAUUCAGACUUGCUCGUGAGCACCUGCCGUCCAUCAUUUUCAUCGAUGAAAUUGAUGCCAUUGCCACUAAGCGUUUCGAUGCUCAAACCGGGGCCGAUCGUGAAGUGCAACGUAUCUUGUUGGAAUUGUUGAACCAAAUGGAUGGCUUCGAACAGGAUCUGACGGUGAAGGUCAUUAUGGCCACCAACCGUGCCGACACUCUUGAUCCGGCUCUUUUGCGUCCCGGUCGUUUGGACCGUAAGAUCGAGUUCCCCUCAUUGAAGGAUCGUCGGGAACGUCGUCUUAUUUUCACCACAAUUGCCUCCAAGAUGAGUCUUGCUCCUGAAGUUGAUUUGGACUCGUUGAUUGUGCGUAACGACCCCUUGUCCGGAGCGGUGAUUGCCGCCAUCAUGCAAGAGGCUGGUUUGCGUGCUGUGAGAAAGAAUCGGUAUAUGAUUUUGCAACUGGACUUGGAAGAAGCCUACACUGCUCAAGUGAAGACUGGCACUGAGCACGACAAAUUUGAGUUCUACAAGUAA